UAUAUAAGGUACAUCUUAGCAUUACAUCUUUAAUAUUUAAAUAUCAUCGAACUGAUCGAAUUGGUGUAAAAUAUAGAAGGCAGUUUUCUUCUGACAUUAUAACAGAAAAUGCGUGUAAUCUAUACAUCAACCGUAUUAAUUUUAAUUGUUGCUGCUCUCACUUUCGGAUUAAAGUAUGACAAUUUCGAAGAAUUUGUUGAUAUGGUAGAGGGCAACAUCAGUGCAGCUGAAAAUUAUACAAUUUCAAAAGAUAAUUCCGAUAUACUGAAUCAGUCUAGUUCCGCAGUUAAAGAUUUUGGAACAUUUGAUUUUAUAAUUAUUGGAGCUGGAGCUGGUGGAGGUGUCCUAGCCAAUAGGCUUUCGGAAAUUUUAGAAUGGAAUGUUUUACUUUUGGAAGCAGGAGGAUCACCUGAUGACUUUACAAAAAUACUUGGCCUAAGUGCUUAUACUUACUAUUCAACUCGAAGCUGGGGAUAUAAUGUCACAUCACAGAAACAUGCUUGUUUAGCUGCAAAUGAAGAAAAAUGCAUUUUUCCUCAAGGCAGAGGACUAGGAGGCGGUACUACUAUUAAUGGCGGCGUAUAUGUCAGAGGUCAUCCGGAAGAUUUUGACAGAUGGGUGAGUGUUUAUGGCAAUCCAGGUUGGUCUUACGAGGAAGUCUUGCCGUACUUCAAAAAAUCCGAAAACGCCCUUUUUGAACCUAGAGAUUCGUACUACCAUGGUGAAGGGGGAUAUUGGACUGUGGAUCAAUGCCUAAGUACUCCAACAGUGGUUGAUCUAUUCAAACCUCUCUUUAAAGAGAAAGGCAUCGACUUCAUCGACGACUAUAGUGGAAAAUAUGAAAAUGGAAUUGCACAAUAUCAAAUGUCUCUAAAAGGAAACGAACGUGUCAGCACGUAUUCGGCAUUUUUGGAAAACUUUACGUCUAGAUCUAAUUUAAACAUAAGUUUGAACAAUUUCGUGACUAAGAUUGCCAUUAAUAAAGCCACCAAAACCGCCUACGGUGUAUAUUUUGUGAAGGAUGGAGUAAAUUAUUUUGCGAAAGCCAAAAAAGAAGUUAUUGUAUCAGCCGGAGGAGUUAAUUCUGCUCAGCUGCUUAUGCUAUCUGGAAUAGGACCAAAGAAACAUCUAAAAGAUCUGAAUAUACCUCUAGUCAAAAAUCUUCCUGUUGGUCAAAAUUUACAAGACCAUGUAAUGUUUAUUGGAUUAAUAUUUAGGACGAACAGAAUAUUCUACAAUCAAACUAUGGCUGAAAUGCUGAAACUUUAUGAAGAAAAUCAACGCCCUCUCAUGACCGGUUAUUCAGUGGAACUCGUGUCAUUUACCAAUUUUGGCAGAAACCAGACCAUCAGGCCGGAUAUAGAGUAUCAGAUUUCCACACCACCACCAAGCGGCAGUCAGUUCGAAUUCUUCUUUGGUAUAAAUGAUUCUUUCGUGGAGGCUAUUAAUAUCAACACAAGCAGUGACAUCAAUUUAUUCAUUUAUCUGAUGCACCCCAAAUCUCGAGGUUCCAUAACUCUGAAAUCGAAUUCUCCAUUGGAUAAACCUCUGAUCGAUCCCAACUACUUCGCCGAAGAUGAGGAUAUAGAAACCUUGUAUCGUGGAGUCGAACUCAUUUUGAGCAUGAACAACAGUCAGAUUUUAAAGGAUUAUGGAGCUUAUAUCGUCGAUGUCGAAUAUCCAUAUUGCGAAUCGUAUGAAAAGUUCAGUAAGGAUUGGUGGCUAUGUGCAAUUAAAUAUUUUUCUUAUUCAACUUUUCAUGCAGUCUCAGCCAAUAGAAUGGGCCCGGAUCCGAAAACAUCUGUUGUUAAUGCCCGAUUGCAGGUUUAUGGAAUGAAAAAUUUAAGAGUAGUGGACAGCAGCGUGUUGCCGGAACUGAUUUCGGGUCAUAUCACUGCACCUGUUCUAAUGCUGGCAGAAAAAGCUUCGGACAUCAUAAAAGAAAAAUACAAUAGACACUAAAUGUAUAAAGUAAUAUACAUUAAUCAAUUAAUAAAAUAUACAUUAUCAACUAUUUAAAAUCUUAAUGAGUUUGAUUAAUUUAUUAAACAAAUAUUAUACUAA